AAUUUUAGUUCCAUUUCAGUUCAGAAUAAAUUUAUAAUAACAAUUCAUGUGAUAACGAGUGUCGAAGAUCAAUUGUAAACGUGUCAGUGGCCUCAAAUCUAGUCGGUUCCUAACGAAUUUCUUCAUUUUUAAUUUCUUCAUAGAUAACAUUUUUAGAAACGCGGGGUUUCUCUUUUAAUUACUCUAACAACGGAGUGAAUAAACUAAGACACGAAUCUCAAGUGUUUGACAGAUGUUUUUGGAGUUUUAGUGCCUCAUGAAAGGAAUAUUUGUACAUAGUGAACACAUUGCAGCCGCUCAACUGCUCUUGUAACGGGAGUCUUUCCAAAAUCCAUCCAAAAAUCGGAUAACAAGGGAUCGACAUAACGUCUAUGAAGAUGUAUCAGUUUUCUUUCGCAUUUUGGCUGCUGCUAAUACAAAUAACAAGUCGAAUUAGAGAAUUUAAUGGUGAAUAUAUUGGAGCAAGACAGCGAAUAUUCCAUCCUAGUAGAGAAUCUCAUAUACAAAGAGGAGACCAAUCUCCUCCACCUGAUCUGGAUUAUGGCGACAGCAGACAUUUUCAAGAUAUAUAUCAAUCUCCUGAUAUAUACAGAAACCGGCGACCUGGACAUAGUCAUAAGCAGGGAUACGAACCAAAAAAAUUACAUCCAUGCGAACAAAGUUCUUGUUACCCAGCUACUGGCAAUCUGUUGAUUGGCAGGGAAAGUCAGUUAUACGCUUCAUCAACGUGUGGAGUACAUGGCCAACAGAGAUAUUGUAUUGUAUCUCAUUUGGAUGCUGAGAGAAAAAAAUGCUUUUGGUGUGACUCCAGACCAUCUCCAAAACCUAAUCCAUCGCUAAAUCAUAAUAUUAGCAAUAUUGUUUAUAGACUUUUUCCGGGGACACGUCAUAAGUCGUGGUGGCAAUCUGAAAAUGGCAAAGAAAAAGUAUACAUUCAGUUGGAUUUAGAGGCUGAGUUUCAUUUUACACAUUUAAUCAUAACGUUUAAGACCUUUAGACCAGCUGCCAUGUUAAUAGAAAGGUCUUUCGAUCACAAGAAAACUUGGCAGGUAUAUAGAUAUUUUGCUGCGAAUUGUACAGAGAGUUUUCCUGGUGUCAAAGAAGGUACAGCUCAAGAGAUUACGGACGUAGUAUGCGAAUCGAGAUAUUCCGGAGUGGCUCCAUCUACUGACGGAGAGAUCAUUUACAGGGUGCUCCCACCAAACUUGCCCAUAGACAAUCCUUAUUCAGAGCAAGUACAAGGACUAUUAAAAAUUACGAACUUACGAAUAAAUUUUACUAAAUUACAUACACUUGGAGAUGAUCUUCUGGAUCGAAGAGAGGAAAUACAAGAGAAAUACUAUUAUGCUAUAACUGACUGGGUAGUUCGAGGAUCCUGUUCAUGUUAUGGUCAUGCGAACCGAUGCCUUCCUCUUCCUGGUAUAGAUCCUAAACCUGAUAUGGUACACGGAAGAUGUGAAUGUACUCAUAACACCAAAGGCAGAAACUGUGAAAAAUGCGAAGAUUUUUUCAAUGAUCUUCCGUGGAGACCUGCCAUUGGAAAACAAACUAACGCGUGUAAAAGAUGCAACUGUAAUAACCAUGCAACUAGUUGUCAUUUUGACUCAGCUUUAUAUGAAUCAACGGGACAUGUCAGUGGAGGUGUUUGUGAUGGCUGUCAGCACAAUACUAUGGGACCAAAUUGUGAAUUAUGUAAACCGUUUUAUUACAGAGAUCCCCAGAGGGACAUACAAGAUCCAGAAGUGUGUCGACCCUGUGAUUGUGAUCCUCGUGGAGCAUUGGAUGGAGGAAUCUGCGACUCUGUUACUGACCCAGUGAACAAUUUAAUAGCUGGGUUUUGUCACUGUAAAGAAAAUGUUGAGGGACGUCGUUGUGAUGUUUGUAAAAACGGUUUUUGGAAUUUCACGGAAGAAAAUCCUUUAGGUUGUCAAAAUUGUACUUGUGAUACUUUUGGUACGAUUGGCAAUCAAGGUUGCAAUGUAGACAAUGGAGAAUGUACUUGCAAACGGUACGUAACUGGGAGAAAUUGUAAUCAAUGUCUUCUUCAAUAUUGGGGAUUAUCAGACAAGCCUGACGGUUGUCAACAAUGUGACUGUGACCCGGGUGGUUCAUACGACAAUUUCUGUGAUGUAAUCAGUGGACAAUGCAAAUGUAGAGAUCAUAUGACAGGUAGAACGUGUGAUACUCCAAAACAACAAUACUUCACUGCUAGUCUUGAUUUCUUAUUAUACGAAGCGGAAGCUGCCAAAUCUAAUGGGCAGGUUGUUAUAAGAGAACCAUAUAGAGAUGGAAGACCAAACACCUGGACUGGUACUGGUUUCGGUAAAACUUUCCAAGGCGGGUUUUUAGAGUUUGUAAUUGACGACAUUAAAACAUCUAUGAAUUAUGAUAUUGUUGUCAGAUAUGAACCUACCAGUUCAGAGAGUUGGGAAGAAGUUGUUGUGAGAAUUGAAAGACCAGACAGAGUUUCAGAAGGCCCCUGUCAAAAUAUAAAUCCUAGAGACGAUAUGAAACUGGUUCAGCUACCAGCAACAUCAAAAAGUGUUGUCGUGUAUCCACCAGCUUGCCUGGAAGCUGGAAAAACAUAUAAAAUAAUACUUGAAUUUAGAAGAUCCAAUGUUCAAAAAGAAAUUCCAACAGCUUCUGUGUUAAUCGAUUCUAUAGUUCUUGUUCCUCGAAUUGAUGACAUACCAUUUUUCCAAGGUUCGGCAGCUGCAGAUUUUAGGAGACAGGAAUACGAAAGGUAUCACUGCAACGAUCCCUCAUAUUUUGGGAAAGAAGCAGAUAUUCCAGAAAUUUGUCAAAAAUAUCGUGCUAGUAUUGGAGCAUAUGUGUUUAAUGGAGCAUUUUCCUGCCAAUGUGAUCCUCAUGGAUCUGUCAGCAAGCUCUGCGAUCGCAACGGUGGUUUUUGUACCUGUAGACCAAAUGUAGUGGGAAGACGAUGUGAUCGUUGUGCUCCUGGAACUUUUGGCUUUAGUCCUGAAGGAUGUAAAUCGUGUGAUUGUAAUAGUAUUGGAGCACUUGACAAUUUUUGCAAUGUCACCACUGGCCAGUGUAAAUGCAGAGCUAAUAAUUAUGGUAGAGAAUGCGAUCAAUGUAGAAUUGGAUCUUGGAACUUCCCCAAUUGUGAAAGAUGUGACUGUAACGGUCAUGCAGACAUUUGUGAAUCAAAAACAGGUGUUUGCGUUAAUUGCAGAGAUAAUACUCAGGGAGAACAUUGUGAAUAUUGUAUUGAUGGGUUUUACGGUGAUCCUAGAAUUGAUGUCGAUAUUGCAUGUAGACCGUGCCCUUGUCCAGGACAUUUAGGAUCCAACCAUUCUUUCGCAGAUAGAUGUAUGUUGGAUGUGAUUUCCAAAGAUGUUAUAUGUGAGUGCCAGGAAGGAUAUUCUGGUGCCAGAUGCGAUGUUUGUUCAGAUAAUUAUUAUGGAAAUCCCGAAGUGCCUGGAGGAAAAUGCCAGCCUUGUGAAUGUAGCGACAAGAUUGAUCUCUUAGCUCCAGGAAAUUGUGAUCCUCAUACAGGAAAAUGCCUGAGGUGCUUGCACGAUACUACAGGCGAUCACUGUGAAAUGUGUAGAUCUGGUUUCUUCCGAUAUUCAGACGAUCGAAUUUGUGAAGAAUGUGUAUGCCACAUUUUGGGAACAAAUAGCUCAGCAGGACAUUGUGAUCCUACGAAUGGACAGUGCCAUUGUUUACCCAACGUUUCUGGUUUACGAUGUGAUGCUUGUAUUGCCAAUCAUUGGAAGAUCGCCAGCGGUGAAGGUUGUGAGGCCUGUGCCUGCGAUCCCCUAGGUUCUCUUAGUCCUCAAUGUAAUGAGUUUGAUGGACAAUGCCACUGUAGACCAGAAUUUGGAGGAAGGCAAUGUAACGAAUGUACACCUAGAUCUUAUGGAGAUCCAAAAGUCCAGUGUUUCAAAUGCGAUUGCAAUUUGAGGGGUUCAAAAACGGAACAGUGUAAUAUGCAAACAGGAACAUGCGUGUGUUUACCUGGAGUGGGAGGUUAUAAAUGUGAUACAUGUGCUAGAGGUUAUAUAGGAGGCGUUCCAGAUUGUAUAUCUUGUGGAGAAUGCUUCGACAAUUGGGAUAGAAUCCUUAUGGAAGCUAAAAAUCAAACUUUAGAAAUUAUUGAAAGAGCAGGAGAUAUAAAAAAAAUUGGAGCCACUGGGGCUUACACCAAAGAAUUCGAUGAAAUGCAAAACCAAUUAGACGAAAUUGAACAACUUCUAAAUAAUACAGAUGAAGUAGAUGUAGAUGAAAUAGAAAAUGAACUUCAAAUGUUACGGAAUAGAAUAAAUAUAACAGAAAAUGAUAAAUUAAACAAAUUAGAUGACCAACUGGACGAUAACAAGCAGUUAGUACUUUUAAAAGAAGUAACGUUAAACGAUUUGAAUAACUCACUUAAUGCUCUCAAACAAAAAAUCAAGGAUCUUGAAAAUAACGGUACUAAACUGCAAGAAGCAAAUGUACAGGGAGCUCUAUCACUAAUUGGCCAAGCAAAGGAGAAAGCUGAUAAGGCGCUACAAAAGGCAGAUAAUUCACAGGAAGAUGUCAAAUAUGCCGAAACUCAGUGCACAGCUACAGCCAACUUUAUAAACAAUACAGAAAAAUUAUACAAAAAACAAUCCGAAGACAAUGAAAACGAGAUCAGCAAUAUUUCAAACAAAUUAGAUCAACUCAAUAGCCAAAUUCCAGAGUUAAACAAUUUAGUUUGUGAUGGACGUGGGGACCCCUGCGAUGCAAUUUGUGGAGGUGCUGAUUGUGAUAAUGGUUGUGGUAACUCCAUUACUUGUGCCAAUGGUGCUAAACAACAAGCUGCUACCGCGAUUAGGAAUGCCAAUGAUACUGAAAUCGCUCUCAGAAAUAAAGAAUCGGCUGCUAAUGAUUUCAUUAGAAAUGUUUCUCAAAUAAAUACUAACGACACCAGAAAUUUGGCCAAGGAUACUUUGGACAAAAUUUUCCUCGAACUUACAAAUGCCAAUAAAUCUUUGAAAGAAAUGAGUGAUAUGAGAAAUGAAAUGAUGGAAUUUAUGAAUCAAAAUAAGUCUAAACCUGCAGAUAUUAAAAAGUUAGCAGAAGAGAUAUUAAAGAAAAAUGUAGAAAAAACGCCAGAAGAAGUUAGAGAACUGGCUGAGAAUAUUAAGAAUGCAAUAGAUCGUUUAACUAAUACUGAUUAUAUCAUUGAAGACACUAAAUUAGAUUUAGCUAAAGUGAAUGAAUUAAAGGAACAUGCCAAAUAUGCAAAGACGAAUGCCACGAAAUUACUCAAAGAAGCAGAAGAUGUUAAUGAUGUAUUAAAUAAAACGCAGGAUGCACAAAAGGAGGCUGAAAGUGCCAUUGAUAAAGCCUGGAAUGACUAUAGAGUAGUUGAAGAUAUACUAUACAUGAUCGGUAAUAAAACUGAAUCAGCACAAGAUCUGACAACUCACAUAGAUACGGAUAUCCGUGGACUCAAGAAUAAAUUGACAGACUUACAAAGAAAUAUUACCGAUAAUGGAAUAUUCGCCAAUAGAGUUAUCGAGGAAUCUGUAAACAUUAAGCAAAAUGCACAAAAAACUAGGGAAGAAUCUGCUGUCCUGCAAGAAAAAUACAAUAAGGCUACAAAUGAAUUAGACCAAAAGUUAAAUAACGUAAAAGCGACGAAAGAACGAGCUAGUGAUCUAUUCAAAAAGUCUAUCAAUUUGGUCGCCAAAGUUACUAAAACACAAGAAGACAUACAAAAGUUGGAAGACAGUGGACAAUUGCUGGAAUUAAAAACGUUAGAAGACACGUUGCAAGGUUUAAUCAAGAAAAUGAACGAUUAUACUUCCAGACUAGAAGGAAAAAUGCAGUAUUAUAAAAACUGCAACUAAACCUAAAUACCAUUUAUCGUGACAAGAUAUCUCGUAACGCGACAGUUCGUAACCCCACAAACGGUAACGGACAAUUCGUAACUUAUUAACGCCGUCAAUUCGUAACGGCCACAAUUUGUAACUAGCACAAUUUGUAACGGCAUAAUUCGUAAUAAUUUGUAUAAUAUUUCACUUUAAUUUAAAAAUAUACUACAGAUAGGUCUUUGUUUGAAAUACGUGAAACAUGGUGCCAACUAUGAUGAAGAUGGGAUUAGAAGACGUGAUGACUAUCACAUCAGCUGGAAAGUACGAAGGUGGGCUGUGAAAUGUUUAGAAGCACUUAUUUCAACAUACCAUGACCACCUACCGAAAUUACAUGAAGUAUCGCUGCUUUAAUGUUUAAAUUGUAUAAAUUCAGUAAUGCUGAGUUGACCUCUAUUCCUUUCAGGUUUUUUCCAGUCACUUUUAAGUAACAAUUAUUUACGUUACACAUCUUGGUUCUUUCUUUUUCUAUUUCUACAAUGAAGAUUGGUAGAAAUUUCUUUGUGGCUCUCCUUGUUUCCAUAUUGGUUACAUCAAUUGUUUCAUGUCGUGUUUCUAUUAUAAUUCAUCUUUUAUUUCCUCUGUGUCUGUAUUGGCUGACUUUUUUUCAUGGAAGCCGACUACAACAAGUUGGCUUAUUAUUGUACAUCUUCAAUUUACUAUCAUUCUGGGAUUCUAGAACCAUGUACCAGCUUGUACAGGUCUAGAAGAUAUGUACCAUAUGUUUUUGAAGUCACUGAUAACCCCCAGAUCACCACUUUGGUCUUUCUGUCCUCAGGAUUUUUCUUGUCUCUAUAUAUUUUUCUAGGACUUUGUUCAAUUGUCCUGUAAUCAUACGAAUUUUUAGUUUGCAUAAAGCUCUUUCGCUUUUUGAUAUCUUGAUUUUCUGUGAAAAUUUUCUUCUGUCUGUCUUUCACAGUCUCAAUUUUUUUAUUCGAUCUCGUAGGUCGUCUAUGAAAUUUCAUUUCCUUUUCCAUUAGCAUUAUGUUCCAGUUUGAAUUUUCCUUAGAGCUCUUUGUUGUCUAGUUUAGUUUGUUUAUAGUGGUCUGUGUCUUCCUCUCUUUGGCUCUCUUUCAUUUUAAAUGCUCCUUCUGGAUGGGUUUUAAUUUUGUAAAUACCUCCUUGGCUAAAUACUAAGUUUUCAAUCUAAUAGCACAUAAAAUAACACCAAAAAUAUUACUCUACAUCUCACCAGAUUGAAAACAAUGGGAAUCUUCUCUGGUUAUACCUCCGAGGCUUCUAAAAUUUGCAAGUCAUAACGGAUGCUGAGACUAAAGAAGAUGACUGAAUUUUACAAUUUAUAAUUCACGUCCCAUUUGGGACGUGAUUAAUUUGUAAAAUUCCCUCAUCUUCUUUAGUCUCAGCAUCCGUAUUGCUUGCAAAUUUUAGAAGCCUCGGAGGUGUAACCAGAGAACGUUCCCAUUGUUUUCAAUCUGGUGGGAUGUAGAGUAAUAUUUUUGGUGUUAUUUUAUGUGCUGUUAGAUUAAAAACUUAGUCUUUUGCUAGCAGUUGCCGUUAGGGCAUCUAUGCCGUUUCGUUCGUUGCAAUCCGUGACUGCACGCCGGGGUUUGUUUUGGUUGGAUCAGAGAGAGCAGCAUAUGUGCCUCCUGAUGAGAAACUAAUAAGUUUCGAAACCGGUAGAGGUGCUUGCUGCACUCUCUGAUUGGACUAGAAUAUGAUGCGGCUGUAGUUUCGUGUUGACUAUAUUUUGCGUGACAUCAUUGCCUGUUUUGCAACUAGCCCGGUUUUCGGACUCAUUACGCGAUUUUGAUGCAUUUUAUAUGUUUCACAAAACAUGGUGGUGACAUUUAGUGACAUUUUAAAAACAUCCAGUGAAUAUUGCCAAAUGUCAGGUUGGAUUUUUUUGAGUGGAUAAUAUAUAACUUUUAAAAAGAUAUUGUAGAUAAGAGGUCUUUGCUUGAAAUACAUCAAGCAUGGUGCCAACUAUGAUGAAAAUGAAAUUAGAAGAUGCGAUGACUGUCACAUCAGCUGGGAAGUACGAAAAUGGCCUGUUAAAUGUUUAGAAGCACUUAUUUCAAUAUACCAUAACCAUCUACCGGAAUUAUAUGAAGUAUCACCUGCUUUAAUGUAUAAAUUUAGUAAUACUGAAUUUGUUAAAAUAAUUAAGUGUUGGCGUUACGAAUUAUUCCGUUACGAAUAUGUAUAGUUACGAACUGUCGCCGUUACUAAGUGUUGCCGUUACGAAUUGUCUGUGACCAUUUCUGGGGUUACGAACUGUACGAGAUGUCAUGGAACCAUCAUUUAUAUAAAUUUAAUGUUAUUUAAAAACAAACAGAAAAUAUUUUGCUGACCAGAAAAUAACAGUUUGUAAAUAUAUUUGUAAGGAUAUAUGGUCUGAAUUGCAUCAAACAUAUAUAUCUCGAAUCAUUUUAUUAACGUUAGAUUAAUAAAUACUUUUCAAAUUGUCUUGGGUGAAUUUUAUUAAAAUUUCAGUUUAUAUGUUUAGUGUGGAAACAGUAAUGUAAUUUAUGAUUGCCAUUUAUUUUUAGUACAUUUUAUGGUACAUUUAUAUACUUAUAGUCCAGGGAACUAGGAUUUUCUCGGACUUUGAAUAAUCCAGGUAUCAGACAAAUUUUUUAAAUAUAGAUUUAUAGAAAGAAAACUUACUUGUUUCCUGCGAACAAUUCGGAGCCGUUUUUUAAUUAUUAACAAUUUGUUGCAAAAAACCCAUUUUUUUUUGUUUUUUUUGCACCACAAUAAAAAUUAAAUAGUUGACAUAAAGUUACAAGAUUUAAUUUUUUAUAACAUUGAAAAAGCUUCAAAAUGGCGAUUUUUGAAAGUUAAAAAGUCAAUUCGUUGCUUCGCAAACUGCAAAAUAAAACAAAAUCCUUAUAUGUUAAUAAAAAAUUAACCUAGAACUUUUGUAUUUUACCCAAAGUUGGGUAUUGGGGUACUUAACAAACCCUUAAAAUUUGAGACCGGUCCAUCAAUUAGUUUAACAAUUUUCAUUUUGUUUAUACCAGAUACCUUUUUUUGCAAUAACAUAAGACAGAAAAGAAUAAAGAUAUGGAAAUUCUGUGAAUGCCCAAUGAAAGUAGAAGACUUGUACUAUCGAUAUAAAAAAAAUAUUAUAUAUUAAAAAAAAUAAAAAAAUAAUUUAUAGUCGAAAAUACUAAUGCAAAAUUAUUGCCAUUUUUAGUUUAUAAACAUUUAGAAUAGCUUUAAAAAUAUUGUCCGUAGAAUAAAUCUGUUGACAUAUUCCAAAAGCUGAUUAUUUUUCCACAAAUUUAAAAAACUGUUUAAACAAAUUAUAUUGUUUGUAAAUCAAUAUUAUUAAAAAACAUUGCAUAUUUGUAAUGUAGGCAAAAAGUGCAUAAGAAUUUAAAAAUGAUCAAAAUAUAUCAAUUAGAUAGAACCCGAGAUAAAGAAACUUAAAGUAAUUUGAAGUUCAUUAACAUUUUUGAAUGCUUGAAUUUUUAGUUCCCCCUUACAUAGUCCUACUAAUUUUCAUUUCAGCCUUAGUUUUAGCAUUCACAGAUAAGGCUUCAAGAUAAUCUCCUCCCUAUUAGAAUAACUUUGUUUUGUGCUUAAAUUCGUGUAAAAUUGUCAGCUUUUUAAAUACGAAAAAAUAUUUCGUCUACGAAUAAUAGCUUAUAAGUUAUUAUUCUAAUUAUUGUUUAUAAGUUAAAAAUGACAGAAAUUUCGCAAAUCGAUUUUUGGUUAUAAAAAUGAUUUAAUUUUACUUUUUUUGAUACAUAUUGAUAGUGUAAUUCUUAAACUGUCAUUUGAUAUGCGUAGAAUUAUGAUAUCUUCAUUAUUUUCUGACUAAUGUUAUUGCAAAAAGGUCUCUGGGAUAAACAAAUAGAAUAACUUUUAAACUAAUUGAUGGAUUGUUCUGAAAUUUUGAGGGUUUGUUAAGCACCCCAUUACCCAACUUUGGGUGAAAUACCAAAGUUCUAGAUUCAUUUUAUUAUUAGUUAUUAACAAAUUAAAAUUUUACCUUAUUUUGCAGUUUGCUAAGCAACAAAUUGACUUUUUAACUUUCAUAAAUCGCCAUUUUGAUGCCUUUUCAAUGUUCUAAAAAAUCAAAUUUUGUAAUUUUAUGUCAACUAUUUAGCCUUUUAAUGGGAGAAAAAAUCGCGUUUUUUGCACUAAAUUGUUAAUGAUUAAAAACUCUUGGCACGAAACAGGUAGGUUUUCUUCCGAUAUGUUUACAAUAUCUAAAAAAGUUGUUAGAUACUUGAAUUAUUUAAAGUUCCGAACAAGGUCAUUUUUGCUUAUUUUCCUGGAAUAUUAAUAUUUAACAUCUUAAAUAGAUUUUGCAUAUUGCAAACUAAUCCUAUAGUCCAUACUAACAUUUAUAUCUCUGUAAAUAAUAAAUAAUUUAUUUUUAGUUUGUUUUCCUUUUUAUAUACUACGAGCACUUGUAAAUUGAUUUUUUAAUAAAUUAAUUAAAAGUUUAAGUAUUGGAGUAUGUAUGUGUAUUUAAUUCCAUAAGUAUAUCACAUAUUACUGACUUAUGAUAGUAAUAAUAAUAAUUUAUGUUUAUAUAUAUACAGUACAAAAUUAACUUAAUCACGAAAAUUGUAUCACUGGUAACAUGAGCAUAAAUAACAUUAAUAAAGCCGUCAAGUAUUUCUA